UCGAUGCAGUCUGUCACCUUGGAGAUGCUCAUACGUGACAAGAAGUCGCACAUGUCGGCACCAUCCACCGUUCAAGAAUUGAAAUGAGGACCGCACAACGCUGCGCUUUCCGUGACGCCUGUCCUUUACUACGCCCCGUAGGACGGCUCCUAUCUCCGGCCAAUCAGAACAACACAGGGCGUGGUCCAAAUGCCAACCGCAGAUAAACUGCAAGUCCCAGCAGCGCCCGCUCUCCCGGUGAUCCAUCCCGCCUUUAAGCUUAUAACCUCGGGGUUUACGAGUUCCUGGGAUCAGCGCUACAAGAGUGGGACAGCGGCGGCGAGUCACACCCGAGACACCCCGUCGUCAGGACUGCCAGCGCUCGUCGGUCGUGUCGUGUCAAGAUCGGAGCAAUGAAAACGGAGCUGAAUGCGAUCAUAGGGACGGUGCAAACGGGAGACCAGGAUGCCGCAUUGGUGGCACUGCAGGCGUUCAACAAGGAGAAAUGCCAGUGUUUUACGUUUGAAGCAAAUGAAGAAGAGGAGCGGCGGAGGCUGGGUGAGCUGGUGGUCCAGUUCCUGGAGCGAGACCUACAGCCAUCAUGCCAGCUCGCCUGCCUAGAGACCAUCCGCAUCCUGUCCAGAGACAAGAACUGCCUGGAGCCGUUUGCCACCCGUGCCGCCAUGCAGACCCUGGCUCGGCACGCGGGCAUCGAGGCCGGCGAGGGCCUGGCGCCAGAGAUCCCCGACCUGGACGUCAUCGUGGAGGCCCUCAAGUGCCUGUGCAACAUCGUCUUCAACAGCCCCGGCGCUCAAGAGGUGGGAGCGGAGCUGAGGCUCAUCGUCGGCCUGACGGAGCGGCUCAAGCUCUACAACGACCCGCUCUGGACCCACGAGGUGCGCUUCUUCGACCUGAGGCUCACCUUCCUCUUCACAGCUCUACGGGUGGACGUGCGCAGCCAGCUGGCCCAUGAGCUCCGAGGGGUCAGUCUGCUGUCCGACGUGCUGGAGCUGACGCUGGGCCUCCGCUGGCUGGACUCGUUUGAGGUGGGACGUGCCGAUGACGACGAUGAUGAUGGCUGCCUCCCGCUCCCCCGCCAGGAAACGGAACGGGCCAUGGAGAUCCUGAAGAUCCUCUUCAACAUCACCUUUGACGCCAGCCGCCGAGAUGUGGACGAGGAGGAAGCGGCGCUCUACAGACACCUGGGGGCGAUCCUGCGCUACUGCCUGAUGAGCAAGGCCGACGGGGAGGACCGCACUGAGGAGUUACACAGUCACACCAUCAACCUGCUGGGAAACUUACCGCUGAUGUGCCUCGAUGUCCUCUUAGCCCCCAAGGUCCAGCAGGGCUCGGUGGAGUACAUGGGGGUGAAUAUGGACGCCGUCAACGUGCUCCUGGACUUCAUGGACCACAGGCUGGACCGGGGUCACAAGUUAAAGGAGACCCUCACACCUUCCCUGAACCUGCUGACAGAGAGUGCCCGGGUUCACCGGGAGACACGGAAGUUUUUGAGGAUGAAGGUGCUGCCUCCCCUACGGGAUGUAAAGAACCGGCCGGAAGUGGGCAGCUCCCUGCGGAACAAGCUGGUGCGGCUCAUGACGCACAUCGACACCGACGUCAAGCACUGCGCCGCCGAGUUCCUCUUCGUCCUCUGCAAAGAGAGCGUGUCCAGGUUUGUGAAGUACACGGGCUACGGGAACGCCGCCGGCCUGCUGGCAGCCAGGGGUCUCAUGGCGGGGGGCCGAGGUCAGGGCCACUACUCUGAAGAUGAGGACACCGACACCGAGGAGUACAGGGAAGCCAAACCCAACAUUAACCCGAUAACCGGGCGCGUGGAGGAGAAGCUGCCAAACCCAAUGGAGGGAAUGACGGAGGAACAGAAGGAAUACGAAGCCAUGAAGCUGGUCAACAUGUUUGACAAACUGUCCAGGGAGCAGGUGAUCCAGCCGAUGGCGGUGGGACCGGACGGGAGGCUGGCGGCGUUAGAGCAAGUGAUGCACCAGGAGGCGCACUCGUCGUCCGGCUCCGACUCGGAGGCCGACUAAAGGCGCCCGACCAGUGACGCCAGUUGGACGCCAAGCAGAGACUCGUUCCUCACUCCAGUUAGAUUUUCUUUGCUGUUUCGUCCGCUCCGACGCCUCCAUGGUCACACAGCGACUGAAGCCAAUCCAUCAAGUCAUCGACCCGCGGUACAAUCCACGUUCUCUUCAGCUGGCGUUUGGUGUGACAGCCAUCGAUGUCACGGAUGCGUUGUGGGAGGAGAGCGACUUUGCCCUUCCGCCACCGACGACGAGAGUUGGAGAGCCUCGACCCUGGCGGAGAGCCUUCUGCCGGCGUUGGCGCCGGCUCGGGACUUUGCAUGCUUUCUGUCUUGGCACACGACUUCGCCUCUCCGGACUGCCAGUUACAGCGAAGCGCGACGUCGCCGACCGCCCCUCCUGUGUUGUGCUCCCCUCCUCCUCCUCCUUUUGUCAACUUUAGGUGGGCACAGAAUGCGUCACCUGCCACACUGUAAGAACGCAACUCAACCCUGGGCAUUUGGUGCCAAUGAAGGCUGCAGCUCCGUGUGGCAGAAGCACUCCUCGGAAGAAGCAGGACACGUGGGCAUUCACAAGGGGUCUGUCCUGUGGGCGGCCGGGUGGGCAAUCAUCUGCUGAUGUGGCAGGGGAAAUUAAAAUGUUCACUUGUGUUCUGAGA